CGACAGUCUUGGGGUGUCCAUAGACGGAAGUGCGGCUGCUGGUGAAACACCAGCUUCAACAAUGGUACUUCAGCAGUGUCACUCGCGAUUCAAAGUUUUUGGAGUGAACCACCCAGAAAAGUGGCAUGACCUUUGUGUCACUCAAAACAGAGUUAGCAGUUCUGUGCCAGCUCCGUCGAGCAUUCAGACCCCGACCACAGCGCCGUGUGCCCGGCGCGUCGCUCCGCCUUUCAGCGGCCCGGAGACGCCGCUGUGGAGGAGACGAGCUCCCGGACUGGAGGCUGCGCGUCUACCCGCAGCAAGAGAGCUCAGCACCUCCAUCCGAGUAUUCCAGUAUGACCUGAAACCAGGUGAAGCAAAGUCUGAGAGCGGGAGGCUUUUGUUUGACACGCACGCCGUAGUGCGACUCUUUGAGGAAAACGGCUUCACGACUCAGCAGGCUGAGGUGCUGGUUAAGAUACUGGUGAGGAUGACAAACUCUAACAUGGAUGUCAUCUAUAGUGACAUGGUGACCAAAGUGCAGCAGGAGAUCAUGUUGCAGCGUGUGAUGUCUCAAAUAGCAGCCGUGAAGAAGGACAUGAUAAUCCUUGAGAAGAGCGAGUUCUCAACUUUACUGGCAGAGAACGAGAAACUCAAGAUCCAGUUGUUGCAGCUCAAGGUCCAACUGGCUGAUGUCAUGAAUAAAGUUCGCUCAGACACAAUUUUGGACAUGAAUUUGGAGAAAAGCCGUGUAAAAGAACUGAAAGCAGAGCACGAGAAGAAGCUUCUGGAAACGCGAACUGAAAUUAUGGAAAUGACUGCAGAGCAAGAUCGUCAUUUAACUCAGACCAACAUGAAAAUAGACACUGAAGUGGCUGGUUUGAAAACCAUGUUAGAGUCUCAUAAGCUGGAUACUAUAAAGUACCUCGCAGGUUCAGUGUUCACCUGUCUCACUGUGGUCUUGGGUUUCUACCGUAUUUGGAUGUAGACCGGAAUAUAACUAUGAUUUUCAUUCAACCCUGGUAACACUUGAACUUUCAAUAUAUCUCCUCUCUCACAUUGGAAAGUUUGCAUUUAUUGCUUCUUAUUCUUAUGUGAGAGGUAGCGGGCUCCGCCACCAGAUAGCUGGUGGAAGUUUUUGAAAUAAUGAAAUUUUGACUCUUAGAUUAUCUAACCCCCACAGAGCUGAGGCCAAUCAUUUUUUGGCUGCCGGAAACAUUGUUGAUUAAUGUACUCAUCAUUAAAAAUAUUUUGAAAUGACCAAUUUUAUUCUGACAGGAAUUUUCUGUCACCUGCAUUCAAAGAAAUGUUCUGCAGACAAUUUAAUACUGACCUCUUAUUCAGAUAAUACUGUUUGAAAGUGAAGUUUUUAACAUUAUGUAUUUAUUUUGUAUAUGUAUAUAUCAAGCUGAUGAUUUCGACCACUCUGUAUUAUCACAGAUAUUUAACUUGUAUCUAUCUUUCUGCCUUGUGGUUUCAGAAAUGUUUUAACAAGACUGAUUGAAUGAUAUUAUUUCAAUAAAAUGAAUUGUCAACAAA